AUGAAACCAACGAAAUUACGAGUUGCUUUCCAAGAUCCCGACUGGGUCGAGAGUGAAUUAUCUUUACUGGCGCUAUCACGACGUGAGCGACCGAUUUAAUUUAGUUGUAAUGUACAUAUUUUGUAUAGGGAUGGCCAGGAAUCUGAGGUCCCGGAAACGCAUUGGUGAUCCCAGUGAAACGAGCCAGAUUCUGGGGGACACUUCUCAAAUUCUGGAGGACGUCGAGAGCACUUUCCAAGACCUGGAUGACAAAUGCAGACGGGAGAAGGUGGGUUAUAACAGACAUAGAUUCUUGGUGUGAUUUUUACUUUUUGUGCUCAACUGCUUGUUAUUUUUAUUCUAAACUAUAUGACUGUUUUUAAAUCUGUUGUUGAUGAGUUUUGUAAAAGAAGUUAAUAAUUCUAAUUAAUAAAACAUAAGACUAUGUAAUUGUUUAGGAACAACUGGGUUAUAAACAUUGGUUCAUCACGGUGUUGGCUCUCACCGUUAUCUACGGACUGGUUGUACUGCAAGAUCACCGCUUACCGGAUGUGGAGCCAGCUGACCAAUUCGAAAAGUUCAGUGAAGUGAGAGCUCGCGAGUUUCUAAACAAAAUCACGGCGCUCGGACCCAGGCCUAGCGGUUCGAUUGCAUUGGAGGUACAGUCAUUUAUGUACUACGUUGGGCUUUGAAAUUGUUCAAUGUUUCAGAAAACUUAAGCAUAUUGUUGUGCAGUACCUACUUUGCAUCUUACAUAACGAAUGUUUUAAGGUCCAUGCGGUAAAGAUACUGAAUGAUAAGCUUGCCCAAAUCAAACAAUCUUUCGAACGAACGGGUGUGAAUCGCAUUGAAACGGACAUCCAACGACCAGUAGGAUGCUUUAAUCUUGAAUUCUUGUCUGCCUUUACUCUGUGCUACCACAAGGUAACCAACGUACUCGUUAGGAUUGGGUCAAAGAAGAAGGAAAGUCACAAUGCUGUGCUUUUGAACUGCCAUUUCGACACGCUUCCUGAUACUCCCGGAGCUACUGACGAUGCUGUAAGUUUGGUUGUCGCUGUGCAUUUGCUUUUUCGACAUCGUUUGUUUUUAAUGUAGUCUUUCUAAUUCAGGUAUCUUGUGCCAUUAUGAUGGAAACUCUUGAAAUUCUGUCUAAGCGACCGACCGAACUCGAAAACGACAUAAUCUUCUUGUUCAACGGCGCUGAGGAGAACUUUUUGCAAGCAUCACACGGCUUCAUCACUCAACAUCCGUGGAGGCACGAUGUCAGAGCCUUCAUCAAUCUGGAAGGCACAGGCUCUGGUGGUCGCGAGAUUCUGUUCCAGGCUGGUCCUGGAGACUCGUGGAUUCUGAAGGCGUACCUCGAGAACGCUCCCCAUCCUCAUUGUAGUGUAGUUGCACAAGAAAUAUUUCAGUCUUCGAUCGUGCCAUCUGACACUGAUUUCCGUGUCUUCAGGGACUACGGUAGAGUCUCUGGUCUUGAUAUUGCUUACCACAGAAACGGCUGGGUAUAUCACACAGAAUUUGACAAGGCUGCAGUAAUCACAACCGGUUCAAUUCAAAGGGCAGGCGACAACUUACUGGCUGUGUCUCAAGCUCUGGUACGGUCUCCGCAUCUUGAGAGUCCAGCCAGCUUCAACGAGGAAAACAAAUGGGUCUUCUUCGACUUUGUGGGACUGUUCACCAUCUUCUACGAGAUCAGUUUUGGUAAGACAAUUUCAUUUUUACUACUUAACUUUAAUGAUGUAAUAGUGUUUUAAUUUUAUGUAUUAAUAAUUGUUUAUAGGUAACAUUGUCAACUUUGUGGUCAUCCUUAUUUUGGCCAUUAUGAUCGCAUAUCGACUUCUGAAUGGCAUUUACACUUCUCACGAUCUUCUUUGGGCAUUUGGACACAACGUGCUGUCUCUCAUUGUCAUGGCUGUCGUCGGCCUCUCGAUUGUCGGUAUUCUUCACUUAUUCAACAUGGUUAUGUGCUGGUACGCGAUGCCGGAACUUGUCUUCCCCAUCUACAUCUUCCCUAUGUUGGUUGCUGGAUGCUGGACUCAUUCCUACAUUGCUGAUCGCAAAAGAAAUGACGUUAAACUGUGGAAUGUACGUUUUAGACUUACAAAAAAAUUCGAAUUUCGUCCAAGCAAUGGAACCUUAUAUUCGAAAGUUGAAUAAGAAUUAACGAAAAAUGUAUUUAGCCUCUACGUCAAGAGCUGAUCCACUAUGACGCCGUCCUCAUUUACUGGGCCCUGUUAUUGUUGAUCAUGACUGCUCGUGGACUUGCCAGCUCCUUCUACAUGUUGAUCCAUGUCAUUUUCCCUCUUAUGAGAGAUCCUCUCCUUGCAGUCUACCUCAAAGUCUCCAAAAAACGUAAGUUUUCGUUUUUAUUGUAGUAUCAUGUAAGUCUGCUUUACAUCUUUUACUUUUAUAAUUUUAAUUUCAGCAUUGAAAGCGGAGAACGUGUUGUUCACUCAAUGGAUAUGUCUUCUGCCAGUGAUCGCCUUUGUUAGUAACGCUGUCAUGUUGUUCUUCGACUUCUUUGUUCCAGUGAUGGGCAGAAUGGGUAACAUCGUUCCUCCAGAACUGAUCAUGAUGCCAUUGUCUCUACUUACUGCUUGGACAUUCGUUCUCUUUACUGUAAGUUAUUAUGUUAACACAUUUUGUAAAAUCAGCGCUUCAGUUUUUUGAAUCUUUCUAUAAUAUAAAAAAUUGUAUUUGCUCUUUCAGAACAACUUGGUCUACAUCAGUCGCAGAAUGGGUUUCUUACUGCAAUGUUCAGUAGCCUUGUUUGCACUUUUCUUUGUCAUCACAGCUACGACCAGCAUUGGAGUCCCUUACAAGUGGUCUGACGAUGGAAUGCCAAGACUUCGCCGAAUUUUAGCUAUUGUAAGAAUAGUCUUUUAUUACGGUUUUUAUUAUCGGAAUACUUUUUGUGUAAUAACCACAAUUUAAGCACGUUAAAAGAUCUGCAUAUGGAAUGGACGGUUCUGUCCAAACUUCUGACAGUGGCCUCUUCGUACAAUCUUUCGAUUACCGUGGUGUCGACGAUCUUCCAGAACAUUCUUUCCUUCAAGGCAGUGGUCCUCCAAACUGCACCAACACUAAAGACGAGUAUUGCCAACUCCCAUAUUACACCGCAAUCCAUCGCGUUAUUCCUCCAAGGUAAGUAUCAUGGUGAAUUUUUUAAUUUAUCUUCAAAACAACAAAUGACAAUCCUUGUGUAGCUAACCUAAUAACUUGUUUUCAGAACAGCCAAGUGGGUACCCAUGCCACAACCGCCCACUCUCCCUAACCCCCUACAUGUUACUCUAGACCAAAAAGAAAUCUCUGACAAUGGAAGAACGGUGAACAUUUCCCUGACGGUGAAGGGAGGUGUGGAUAAGAUGACUUACCACGUAACCCCUUUGAACAACUACACUAUCAAGGAGUGGUCCUUAACCAAAAUGGAUCACAAAACCUUCGGCGAAAGAGAUACCUACUUUGUCUUCUUGACUUACGGAGCCGAAGCUCCACCAGAACGCAACUUCUGGGUGGUUCUGGAGAAAGAGAACGAGGACGACAACGCGGUUAGCCAACCAUCGCUCGAGUUCUCUGUGGCUACACACUAUUCUCACGGUAAAUUUUGAAUAUUGGAUUAACUUAACAUUUCGAUUUUAAUAUUUUUAAAAAAUCUUGUUUUAGGCCGCUACCAGAACUCCCCACCCUUGCUACAGCUCCGCGCCCUCAUCAACACCAGAAGACAGACUCCGCACUUCGCCGUCGGCUACUGGAAAUGGGCGAUCACGAUGAUUGGCGGCUGCUCCGAGACCAUCGCUCGGCUUUUCUAA